AUGAGGCUUGUGAGUGAGGUUGACAACAAUGUUGAGGGAUUGGUUCAUAAUUAUGCAUAUUGUGGGGUAGAUUGUAGCCAUGAGAGAUUGGAGGGGGUUGUUGCCAUGAAGGUUGAUUCCAACGACCUUGAAACAGCAUCGGGGGUUCCUUGGUCUAACCGGGUAUUACCGCUUGUGGUCAAUUAUGCGCAUCUUGCUGCCCCUCUUAGUGAACUACUAAAACGCAACAACUUUCAUUGGGAUCAAGCUGUUGAUGGUGCCUUUAAGAGUUUAAAGCUGGUUCUAACACAAACAUCGGUCCUUGCCUUGUCCAAUUUUAGUCUGCCCGUCACUAUAGAAACUGAUGCCUCAUCACAAGGAAUUGGAGCAGUGUUGUCUCAACAAGCACACCCUAUCGCAUAUUUCAGCAAGAAGCUCAAUAGUAGACUGCGGGUGGCUUCGGCUUAUGUGUGGGAACUCUAUGCCAUUACCCAAGCUAUCGCCAAAUGGCGCCAUUACUUGUUGGGGUGCCGAUUCUACAUCAAGACAGACCACCAAGACUUGCGGGAGCUUAUGAAUCAGGUGGUGUUAAGCCCAAAUCAACAGUUUUACCUCACCAAGUUGUUGGGAUAUGACUUUGAGGAAGUAUUUCACUUGGGCAAGACUAAUCAUGCUAUUGAUGCACUAUCGCGACAGGAUGAGGAGGUUGAGAUUACAAGCUUUCAAGCAUUUUCAACGGUUCAAUCAUCGUUGUUACCCUCCCUCUUGCGUGCCACUGUGGAGGAUCAAGAGACACAACUCCUUAUUAAUCAAUUCAAGGAGGGAACUCUACCUACUAACUUUCAUUUCCAGGAAGGAUUGUUGGUGUACAAAGGUUAUUCCGCAAUCAUGGUGGUGGUGGAUCGUUUUAGUAAGACGGCCCACUUUGAGGCCCUCCGUAUUGGGUUUACCGCUUCUUCGGUAGCUAAGAUCUUCAUUGCUUCGGUGGUUAAGCUUCAUGGGUUUCCUUCAAUCAUAGUUUCAGAUCGUGAUCCCUUAUUACUCAGCAGGUUCUGGCACAACUUAUCCGAAUUUAGUGGUACACAACUGCACUAUAGUACUGCUUAUCAUCCUCAGAGCGAUGGGCAAACCAAGGUUACCAAUCACUCAUUGGAACAAUAUCUUCGUGCCUUCACACAUUCACGGCCCCAACUCUGGGCCUCAUUUCUACCUUGGGCGGAGUUUUGCUAUAAUAGCUCCUUCCACACGGCCAUUCAAAUGACCCCUCACAAGGCUUUACAUGUAUUUCCCAUGAAUUUACCCAUUGGCUACAUUCCUGGAGCUUCUCUGGUUCUGGAAGUAGAUCAGUUUCUGCGCACAAGGGAGAUUCUCAAUGAUGAAUUGGGUUUUUACCUGCAUUAG